AUGCUCUUGUCUGAAUAUGACAUUGAGUAUCACACCCUAAAAGCUAUCAAAGAAAGUGUCUUGGACGAUCAUUUAGCUCAUCAGCCAAUCGACGAUUAUGAGUAUAUAAAUUUUGAAUUCCCAAAUGAAGAUGUGAUGUGCUUACAAGCCAAAGAUUACAAUGAACCACUGCCAAAUGAAGGGCCAGAGCCAGAUUCUCAUUGGGGUUUAAUAUUUGAAGGAGCAGUUAAUGCUUAUGGUAAUGGUAUUGGGGCAUUAAUCAUAACUCCUCAUGGAGUACAUAUCCCUUUUACUGCAAGAUUAACAUUCAAGUGCACAAACAACAUGGCGGAAUACGAAGCCCGCGUCAUGGGUCUAGAAGAAGCCAUUGACCUUAGAAUAAAAAAUCUCGAUGUUUAUGGAGACUCAGCUCUAGUUGUCAAUCAAAUUAAAGGAGAAUGGGAAACUCGUCAACCCGACCUAAUCCCAUACAAAGACUAUGUAAGGAGGUUAUCUACUUUCUUUAACAAGAUUGAAUUUCAUCACAUCCCUCGUAAGGAAAAUCAAAUGGCAGAUGCCUUGGCAACUUUGGCUUCCAUGAUCAUUGUGAAUCAUUGGAAUGAUAUGCCUAAGAUUUAUGUUAUGCAUCUUGAUAGACCCGCUCAUGUAUUUGCAAUGGAAGAAGUCUCUGAUUAUAAGCCAUGGUACCGCGACAUCAAGUGUUAUCUCCAGAGUCAAGAAUACCCACCUGUGGCAUCAAACAAAGAUAAGAAGACCUUGAGAAGACUGGAUAGGUUAACUCUCAAGAUUCAGAAUGGUGUGUUAAGCUUCUUUCUCAAGAAUCAGAAUGAUUCUCAAAGAAGUUUCGGAAAAAAGGACUAUACAUCUCAAGGGGAGCUUUUUGCUUCUAUAAGACGUAUUCUUCUGUGA